GAAUCAAAUCCCAUUCCCAACCCAAUUCACAACAUAAAAGAAACACAAGAAAUAAUAUUUGCAAAAUUAAAAAUUCUACAAAAACUAAUAAGUUUUAAACAAUCAAUAAUAAGUUAUUUCAGUUAAAUUAUUAGUUUUUCUUGCAUCCAGCCAGUAUUCUCUUCAGGGUCGCAUUUUAAUACUCACAUUGAUUCAGAAACAUUGAAAAUUUCAAUUUUGAAGUUAAAUGUCAAAUAUAUUUAUAAAAGUUACAAUUUGUUGAGAAACGUGAACACGAAUGGAUUACGUUUUAUUUCCUGCUCUAGGAAUUUUAAAACUUUGACGGGAUAUUAAAUAAUUCCAACCCAAUUAUUUUUUCGUCAUGUCAUUCUCGGAAACUUUACAGCAGUUACUCUCCUCGUCCAGGAAUCGUCACAGUCUCGUCGCAGAAUUCAAUCAUUCCGAACAUAAGAAUUACUGGGACGAACAACGUUGCAUAAUAUGUAAAGAAUCCUUUACCCUGGAUCACCCACGGGAGGAUGAGUACCCCCGUUUGAUGAAAAUAUUUAGUUCUGACGUGCUAUGUCGAGAAAAUUUCGAGUUAAGGACGGAGGAACAAGUUUGUCCAAACUGUUUGACAGCGGUGAAAAGAAUUUCUGAGCUGAAACAAGAAGCUGACUUUAUCCAGGAAAAAAUUACGGAAAUUGUACAAUUUCUGAGGGAUGCGAUCAACCAGAAAGAUUUACCGGAUUCCAAUGACGCCGUAUAUUUUGUGAAAGAGGAGGUUGAGGAAAUUGAUCAGGUUGAGGAAGACGGUAACCUUUCUCCAUUAAUAUUCUACCCUGGCGGCGAUGGCGAUGGCGACCCUCCCAGUGAAGAAGAUGAAGACUCCAAAUUUGAUGAUGAAGAGUACAAUUCUGACCCAGACUUCGAUCCGGAUGAAAAACACGUGCAAAUUCGUGGUCCAAUCGCAACGGGAAAGGAUCCCCUCAGCCCUGACGUGAGGAAGACGUGUUCCAUAUGCUUCCAAAUAUUCGGCAGUAUUAAGGAUAAAAUCCUCCAUAAGAGGAUCGUCCACCUGAACAUGCCAACUUUUUCGUGUACAAAUUGUGGGUUGCAUUUCACCCAAGAAUCCAGACUCAAGAAGCACUUAAAAGUCAAGCAAUGCCUAUUGAUAAGAUCCCGAAUGAAGCCACAAGUACCGCCGACCCCUGGAAAUUCUAGUACACCAUUUAGGAAUGACCAGACGGAAAAUAAGGACCGAAAAACGUGUUCAAUUUGCUCCCUUAGUUUUUCCUCCAUAAAGGAAAAAAUUCUUCACAAGAGAAUUGUGCACCUUGGCAAACCAACUUUCUCCUGUGCCAAUUGUGGAUUAAAUUUCACCCAAGAAUCCAGACUUAAGAAGCAUCUUAAACGACUCAAGUGUCAAAAUUCUGGACAGCGAGAAUCAGAAGCGUCAAAAUCUAGUCCAAAUUCAGAUUUAAAUACAAUGUCGCCGUUAAUUGGCCACAUUCCGCCGGAAAAUGCAGCAGAUAUGGAUACUGAUGAGACUGAAAUGCCACCCCAAAUCCCUGCAGAUGUGGAAUUUAGAAAAACGUGUUCCAUUUGUUCCCUCGUCUUUCCUACCAUCAAGGAAAAAAUCCUCCACGAGCGAAUCGUCCACCUGGACAUGCCAAUAUUCUCUUGUGCCAAUUGCGGAUUAAAUUUCACCCAAGAAUCCAGACUCAGGAAACAUCUUAAAUUUAAGAAAAAAUGCAACAGUUCAGCCAACACAACAGAAACAGGAAGACAAGAAUUAGAACUACCAAGUCCUGCUAAUUCAAAUCCGUGUAAAAAGAGCGAAAUUGUGGCGGAAAAUGUUGCAAAAAUUGAUCCUGUCGAGACCGGAAUCGAAACGCCAGGUGCAGAUGCUAGGAAAACGUGUUCCAUCUGCGGCCUCGUCUUUCCCUCUAUUAAAGAAAAAAUCCUCCACAAGAAUGUCGUUCACUUGGAUAAGCCAACCUUCUCCUGUGCCAAUUGCGGAUUAAAUUUCACCCAAGAAUCCAGACUCAAGAAACACCUUAAAUUCUCGAAAUGCAAAAUUGUCCUUGCAUGUUGAUACAUAUUUGCACGUGUGGAAAACAAGGUCCUUUUAUAUAACACUUCCGUCAAAUGCUGGCCAAGAUCCUUAAUUAAUUACGUGAUUAUAUGUAUGCACAUAAUUUCAUUGUAAUUAAAAUAAAAUUGAUUGAUAAUAUA